UAGCAGCCAAUGGUGUGAGGACACGGCGGAAGGUGAACCGGUAGCACACAGCAGCACCAUCAGAGCAGGGCAGAACAGCUAGAGACGGAACAGCGGAGGGUUACCGGAGUACUGCGAGCACCGAAUACCGAGGCGCCAUGGCCAGGACUUUAUUUGGUGCAGUGGUUUGCACUUUGUUCAUAGCUGCAAACGCGUUUUACUCGCCCGAUGACGACGUGGUCGAGUUGACCCCCACAAACUUCAACCGCGAGGUUCUCCAGAGUGACGCUUUAUGGCUUGUGGAGUUCUACGCUCCCUGGUGCGGCCACUGCCAAAUGAUGACCGCAGACUGGAAGAAAGUUGCUACAGCAUUAAAGGGCGUUGUUAAAGUGGGAGCUGUUGAUGCUGACAAACACAAGUCUUUGGGUAGCCAGUAUGGGAUCAGAGGCUUUCCUACAAUCAAGAUUUUUGGAUCCAAUAAGAACAAGCCCGAUAAUUACGAGGGUGGAAGGUCGGCUGAGGCCAUCAUUGAUAGCGCGCUGAGUGCCCUCCGUUCGUUUGUGAAGGACCGUCUUGGUGGAAGGAGUGGAGGAUCCGAUUCUGGAAGACAGAGCCGAUCUGGCAGUGGCGGAAGCAAAAAGGAUGUAAUUGAGCUGACAGAUGACAAUUUUAAUAGAGAGGUGCUAAAUAGCGACGAUGUGUGGCUUGUGGAGUUCUUUGCCCCCUGGUGUGGACACUGCAAGAACUUGGAGCCUGAAUGGGCAGCGGCUGCCACGGAAGUUAAAGAGCAAACUAAAGGAAAGGUUAAGCUAGCUGCAGUUGAUGCCACUGUCCACCAGGGGCUCGCCAGUCGCUAUGGGAUCAGGGGAUUCCCCACAAUUAAGAUCUUCCAAAAGGGAGAAGAGCCCGUUGAUUACGAUGGAGGGAGAACAAAGGCUGAUAUUGUGGCUCGUGCCCUUGACUUGUUCUCUGCGAACGCUCCACCUCCUGAGAUUCUGGAGAUCUUGAAUGAAGACGUUGUGAAGAAGACUUGCGAUGAGCAUCAGCUGUGCAUAGUUGCAGUUUUGCCACACAUCCUUGACACCGGUGCUGCUGGAAGGAAUUCCUACUUGGAAGUAAUGUUGAAGUUGGCUGACAAGUACAAGAAGAAAAUGUGGGGAUGGCUGUGGACCGAGGCUGGUGCUCAGAUGGAUCUUGAGACCGCCCUCGGAAUCGGUGGCUUUGGGUACCCUGCCAUGGCUGCCAUCAACGCACGGAAGAUGAAGUUUGCCCUGUUAAAAGGUUCCUUUAGUGACCAGGGAAUUAACGAGUUCUUAAGGGAGCUGUCCUUUGGCCGUGGGUCUACUGCACCUGUAGGCGGUGGAGCAAUUCCUAAAAUUCAUGCUGUAGAGCCAUGGGACGGAAAGGAUGGAGAGCUUCCCGCUGAAGAUGAUAUAGAUCUCAGCGACGUGGAUCUGGAUGACUUCGAUAAAGAUGAACUGUGAAACCAAGCAAUGUUAAAUUUUAAUGUUACACCCCCUUCUCCUAAAGGAGUUCAGUGGUGGACUUCAGCCCACCCUGUCGAUUUGGGUGGAUCCUGCGAUGGCCACUUUUUAUUCUCACAUCUUGUAUGAACUUGAAGAGAAGGAUUUAUUUACUAAUGUACAGUUCCUCUUGGGAGAACACUGAAAAAUUCUAUGAAUUGUUGUAACAGUGAAUUUCAUUGUAUUCUGUUUAGAUUUUGCAGGAGGAUGUCGUAAACCCUGUUUUGGGGGAGGGGGGAAAAAAAGCUUAACAUUUGGGGAUAAAAUAUUGGAAAUGCCCUUUAAAUGCCAUUUAAAUAUCUGUAUUUUGAAUGUUUCCUUUGGCUGUUCGCGCUGGCUGAUGCUGCGAUUAUUCCCUUGUUUACGUAUUUUUAUUUUCGUUUUGGGUAUUUUCAUCUGCAAACUGAUCGGCUCAAUUCAGUUUAUGAAUAAAAUAUUUUUUGACA